AAGAACAAGGCUAACCAUUUUGUAGCCCGUGAGGAGCUGCUUUACAACAAGGAGAAGCUUUUGAUGAACGGCGACAAGUGGGAGCCCGAAUUGGCUGCCGUCGCCAGAGCUGACGCCCCUUACCGAUAAACGCUCUACUCAUGAAGAUACCCUGCCGCAUACACCAAGGCUGUGCUGGUUCUUGCAGCCAUGACAAGCAGGCACCAUGGGCGACCACUCAGCCACUGAACCAAUCCGCAUGUACUCGAGAUGGGGCGUGGCCAUGGAUAUGGUCGCUGGCGAUUACUCUUUGAUAACCCAACUGAGGUUAAUGUAUACCUGCUUGCAUUGUACAGUUUACGCUUUUCUACCUUUCUCUUUUUUUUCUCGAGCAUUUAAAAUUGGAGCACUCUUUUUCUUUUGUUCCUCCUUCCUUUCUAUGGUUCUAUCUGAUGCUUCUGUCACAAAAGUGUUAUCGCAAUGCGUAGACAAAAAGAGUUCAAUCCAGUACACGGUCGACAGGUACAGUCAAGACUCUGUACAACCAAUGGCAGAUUGGAUGCGUUUUGCUUUGCAUCCCCAAUAGAAUGAAUAAAGUUUAGCCGCUGUCAGUCGUUUUCUCGUGUAGAGAUAACCACUACGCGCGUAUUGAGACAUCACUCAAUCCUGCAAGCCACAUCAUCAUUAGGCAGCAGAGAACGCAGGCAGGUUAACGA